UAUCAUUUAUAGACUUCCUUAUCAUAGUAUAACAAAGUUUAUUCUUGUAACAUUGGGACUUUAUUCUGGAAAUCUGUUCGUUCAUUCCCCUUUUAUGCAGCGCUAGUACUUUGUUGUACUUCAGUGACAUUUUAAUAAGUUCCAUUAACAUGCAACAGGUAAGUUUGUGAAUAAUACUUCAUGAAAACUUUAUAAACUACUUGAACUCGUUAUUGUUUUCUUACAGGAAGACGAAACAAGUUAGAGACUUAAGUUUAUUCUACUGUGAGUGAACUACGCUUGAUCAUUUGGCGCUGCAGUGACCGGCUCAUCACAGAAAGCUAGCACAGAGCUAACACAAAUCUAACACAAAGCUAGCAGAGAGCUAACAGGCUGCUAACACAGAGCUAACCUACUUUUACAGCUGACAUCAACCGUCUCUAAGUUUAAAGUAUCAGUAAGAUGUGUUUACAUUGUUCUGCCACUACUUAAAUUGAAGCGUUCAUAAAGUUAGCCAGCGUUAGUUUGUCAAGAGUUCAGUUUAGCUAGCGCUAGCUCGGUUAGCUUGUGACUUGGCCGAGUUGGUUCUAGCAGUAGUCAGAGGAGUUUUGGUUAAGUUAGCUAAUGUUUUCUUUAACUCUGCAGUGGACUCAGUGAGGAUGGUCAUGGUGAAGAAAGCUUUGAGAAAUGACCGCAGGUACACGCUGAUGUACAGCAGGCACAGGAGGAGUGUUGCCCCGGCCAGAACCAUCAGGACCCGCAGCCAGGUGGUCAGCAGCAGCAGCUCCCUCCACACGCUCCCACCGGAGGUGUUCAACCUGAUCCUGGAUCAGCUGUCAGUUCUGGAGAUCAGUGUCUUCAGCAUGGUGUCCAAAGAAAUCACCCAAUGCAUCUUGGACUACAUCUCCACUGUGGCCUGGAAGAAUAAAAUGAUCAACCAAAGUUUUCACCACUCCACCUGCAAGGAGCAGUUAUCCACUAUUGGACACUACAGAAAUCUGGGUUUAUUAUUCAAGAGAUGUACACUUCUCCUGCCAACUAAGGAAAGAUUGAAGUUUAUCUUUAAGACGUUCUCUCAGAUUCCCUGCUUCAUGUUAGAGCUGUGUCAAAUUCCCAACUGCAUCGGCUUCUCCAGCUGUGGUGUCUUUCUCAAGACAGUGAUUGCAGGCUGGGAUGAGCUGGAGUGUCACAGAGUGUUCAACUUCCUGUGUGAGCUCACAAACCUGCUGCAAAAAGUGGAGGCAGUUAUCGCUGCAAAACCAGGGGUGAGGAGGUACCAGGAGGUGCAGUUCCGUCUGUUCUGUCGUCAGGUUCUGUUGGAUCCGUGGCUGAACCAGCCAGAAUGUCAGUUCUGGCUCACACAACUUCUGAGGCCUUGGCCCCUGGUCACCCAGGCUCACUUGCUGUUCAUCCUCUACGGACCACAGCUGCCUGAGGGUACACUGGGCUGGCAGGGUGUGUUAGAGACAGGGCUGCCUCACACCACCCUGUGGGACCUGGCCCAGGCCAUCCUCCUGCUGUUAGGCAAACUAGAAGUUAAAGGCUGGAGCAACGAAUCCAUGCUGGCAAUCCUGGAGGAGCUCAUCGUCAUUCCCCAGCCGUGGCAUGUGGAGAACGUGGCUCGUCUCUUGGUUCUGUGCGGCAGCAAUCUCUGCUACACCGUCCUGGCCAGCAAGGCCCUGAACGGACGUCUCCAGGAGAUCUCCAGACUCAUCGUCUACAUGAUCCUGGUGUGUGAGAAGGAGGGCUACCACAUGAGCUGGGCGGUGAAGUUGGUACGACAGCUUUGUAACAUCUUUAACACCACUCCUGAAAAGUUCCACUUCAUCCAAACACUGGAGAACAUGUUCGUAGAGGUCACCAGGGAGUUCUUUGAUUUUUAUGUCAUAGGGAACCACCUUGGAGACAGGGAGAAUUUCCAGACCCUGUGUAUCCUCAUGGAGUCCAGCGCUCGCUUCCACACCAAAUUCCUCCACAUGCUGCUGAAAUAGGACUGAAAGUGACACGAUGUGGAGCAGAGUAAGAAGAGAUGGAGGAGAAAGACAAUAACGAAGAGAGUAACUAUAGAGAGAAAGCGAGCGAUAAGAUGUUUACAACAGUCCUAAGAACAGUGGUGGUGUUGCCAUGGUUGGUUUGAAAGUUCAGAUAAAUCAGAAGAUGCAUUUUGCUGACAGUUCACUAAAUGCUAUAAACAAGAUAGCAUUUGCUUAAUUAUUUAAACAAACAAAGUUAUUUAUACAAGUGACAUUUGUCUCAAUUCAAUAUCUU